CUGAUACUCAACUCUAUCACCACACCAUCUGCUCAAUCUUACACCAAUCAAAUCACAAAAGAACCCACCGAUCUUCCACCAUGGCUGAAAAAUUUCCUCCAAUUCAAGACUUGGAUUCUGAUGUUGUCCUCAAUAUUAAUCCCACUGGUGGUAACUUUCUCGAAAGAGAAAAACAACUCCUAGGCGACCAAAAUGAAUUUAUAACUGAUAACGACAUUAACGAUAUCAACAACAACAGCAUCAACAACAAUGAUGACACUAACAGUAUCUCCAACGAUAUCCAAGAUGACGAAAUUAACCAAUUUCAAUCUCAAUUCCCAGAAUUAAAUGACAAUCUCUCUAAUACAAACAAUUUUGAUUUAAAAGACUUAUCCGAUUCUGAAAAUGAAUUUUCAAAUUACAAUUACACCAAUAACCACAUAACCACGACCACGACCACAACUACUUCAACUAGAAACUUCUCCCAAAAAAAUGAAUCAAAAGCGAUAAUAGAAUGGAGAAUUAACCGCGAAAAGGAACUAGCUAAAAAAGAUGCAAUCUCCUCAAAUAAAAAAAAUGAAAUCUUAGAAAAUGCUCACAAUCUAAUCGACCAGUUUUACGAAAACUACAACAAAAAAAAGGAAAUCAACAUCAAUAAAACAAAAAACGAAGAGCUGGACUUCCUAGAAAAGAGAGAAAUUUUCAACAGUAAAAUUGAAAAUAACCUAGUCUGGAACAAUAUCAUCUCAAUUAUUGACUUGAAAAAAAACUCAAAUACCACAAUCGAUAACAGAGACAGAUCCAAAUUCAAAUCAAUCUUAUUAUCUCUAAAAGACAACAAAAACGCCCCUCCAAACAACUAAUAUAUAACUAAUGUAUAACGGAUAUACAGCUAAUAUAUAGAUAUAACUAAUAUAUAACCCACUCACUCACAACAGCACCGGAUUUUACCUCUUCACGUGCGUAAUGAAUGAGGUGUUCCCAAACGGGACUUCGAUAUAAUAACCCCAACCUUUCAAUCUCUCUUCGCGUCUACACAAAGUAAUGAUCUGAC